CUUUGCGCAUCUUCACGAGAGGAAGACGUUGGAGACGAGCAAGAAGAGUUUUGAGUAUCGUCGUGUGACGAGCGAGUGACGAAUCACACUAGAACGAGAAUACUCUGCUUAUUCUCAAUGAUCGGAAAACAGAGCGUGCGAGUGAGAGAUAUACCCAUUCCCAUCCUAGCCCUUCACCUUUUCGCGGAAGCUCGAUAUUAUUAAUUUCAUUCUUGUUUUCGAGUCACGACUCCCACAUCGUCCAAGAUUUCGUUCUCAUUUUUCAUCACCAGCAACUCUCUCCAGAUGAUGUUUUCGAAUUCGUCAAGCGAUUUCAUGAACUUUUCGUUUCAUUCGGGCAGGAUACUGUUGAGGGGGGCCUUGUCGUAGAAGUCGUUACUUCUCGUAGGCUUAGACAUAGACGAGAUAGCAGAUUGCAGUAGACUGACUGUUUUCUCGAGUUCGCGAGGAGGAAGUAGAAUUCGAUUCUGUAGACAUGCAACCAGAAGCACGCAAGAACACUUCUUCCACUAACGAACCACUUCGUCUACACACAAAAAAAUCACAAUCAAAUCCGAAUAUCAAUAAAAUUACUAGUCCUGUAGUACUACUUCUUAUUAAGUACAACUACUUUUACCUGUUUUUGUUUUUGUGAGUGGUCCCCGGACCCUCCACACAAACCUUGUAAAAAUGCCGUCGAAACCACCUGAGAGAACGAAGAUGAGUCAGAAGUACUCGCAUGACAUGAACGCCCUGUCCCUUUUCGAGGUGAAAGAUCCGCUUGGCUUCGACGAGAUUCGUAAGCUGAAUAUCAUUUGAUUGUUCUUGUUGCAUACAAAGUACAUGAUCGAGAUUGAGAUGAGUAUCCAUCGUACUCUGCUUCAAACUUUGAUCAAGAAGAUGAACAGCUUCAAAUUGAUCCGUUGUGGACGAAGUAAGAUUUCGAGUUAUUUUAAUUAGCUUUUACCGCUUCGAAAAAUCCAGAAAUUUCUGAGUACGCGGCAGCAUUUCGGCUGAGCGAUAUUGUCGGGGAUGGCGUUGUCACGUACACGGAGUUGCCGAGGAUACUGUACCUCCAAUGAUUUUAUUUCGUCCAUCUUCGUGUUCUUGUGCUUCUAUUCUUGCUCAUAUCAUUUUGAUUUUUUUUGCUUGUUCUAGUAUAGCUUUGCUUCAAGUUCAACACAGCUGCUCUUCAGAAAUGGAAAUUAUUCUCGUAUUAACCACACAUGACAUCACGAGUACAACUAACAGUGCCCGCGUAGGCGAGUAUCCAUCAAAGCAGACGUUGGAGAAGAUCAUGAAUAACGACAUCGACCCAGAAGGCGAAGGCGCCUACGACUUUCAGACCUUUCUGCGACUAAUGAGGCAUUUCCACCAGGAACCAGCGACAGAGCAGAUUCUCCUAGAAGCCUUCAAACUCUUUGAUCAGGACAAAAGCGGUAUUAAUGUAUGAUUAAAGACGAUGGACCACCUCUAGAACUAGAGCAUUCCUAUGUGAUCUUCAUUUUUAGUCAAAUAUCUUCGUCUUUUCACUGGAGGUUUGUAGAUGAAUAAUUCUUCGAACCUCAAAGCCCAUGAACAUUCCUGAUGCUUCGAGACUCAAUCUCAAAUAUGUUAGACUAUGAACAAAAAUAAAAGGAGGAUUAUAUAAUUGGUACAGCACGAACACGAUAACCAUCUUCACCUAUCCAUUCCAACGACCUACGACUAGGUACUAUCGAGGCUGGGGAGCUGAAACACUGCCUGUCUGCCCUGGGAGACAAAAUGAGCGAACAGGAAGCAGAGGAAAUGAUUGCUUUAGCAGAUAAGAACAACAAUGGCUGCAUUUCAUACUCAGAGUUUCUCGACUUUAUUGGCACAAUGGAUUAAUUCAAACGGUCGAGAAUAUGAUAGCGUUGGUUUGUCUUAGUCUUGCUGUAACGAAGUGUGCUAAUAGUUUGUCAAUUUCUACUGACAUGUCAAAUUCAUUCAUCGAGAGGCAGUCUUCCGAAAUUAAUGACGGCGACGGGAACUACUUACAUUUGAAUUUAUUUUGCAACCGUGGUGCUUGAUUAUAUCAUAAUUUUGGUUGUCGCCAGUCAGAUUACGAAACAAACGAAUUCAUGCCUAUUUUGCAACGAACAAAAGAUCGAGACCGAGUCUUUCAAAUUCAAUAAAUUCCCAACAACUUGAUGCUUUCUGAAUAAUUCUAAGGUUACGAUGAUCCAUGAAGAUAACAUUGAAUCAAGAAAAAUUGCAUGUUGCGACGGACUAGUAUCAAACGACUUCCGACUGAUAAUUCGCUAUGACUUCGUCGAUGCAGAAAGGCUAAGAGUGGCAGUGGUGCAUGAUAUACCGAGAGGCUGUUGAAACUAAAAACGGAGAUGCGGUGUCUGGAUCAUUCUAUCUUCGUGCCCGUUCUUACGACGUACAGCCGUACCCGCUCUCGCACAUGUUGAUGACGUUGUGACUCUUGCCUCAUGCUCAUGCGCUGAACGCAUGAUACGGCUGAGGCACGAGUCGCCAUGAUACGACCUGAAAGAUAUUUGAAUUUACAGCGUUCUUAGAGAAGCUAUCCAACUAGUUGAAGAUGAAGUCGCCACCGGCGGCGGCGAAGCGGGGCGGCCCUAUCCUCGUGAAUAGCUGACCUUCUUGCGAAGCUUGCCACUUCAGGGCACGCAGCGGCUCUCUCUCACUCGAAAAGAUGCCUCCGGUACAGAACCUGCGAGGAGCGCGCUGUCUUAGGCUCGAAGUCUAGACGCGUCGACGAGUCGUUUACGCGAUAAAAUGAUCCAUAUUUAUCGUCUUGACAAACAUCGGAUGCGUCUGUCCCUCGGCGAAGCGUUUCCUUCGCAAGGUAUGCACUAAUUAGUAAUGACAAUAUCCCAGCACUUUUUUUAGGAAGUUUGGUAUCUAUCUUCAAGCAGUCCCGUCGGCAGUUUCGGAAUACUGACCAGGGCAACACACCACGACGCUAAUACAGCUAGGCUGGUGGGCUACUGGCAAGGCUAUGCCUGCUUGCCCUUGAUUCAUCUCCACAGGCUUAGGCAUAGGACCACGAGGCUCCAUCACGCGGAAUAACGAUACUUGACUAUCACUUUGAAAAACUCAUGGUGAUUUUCAUGUACUUAAUCCCCCACAAACCAAAGAAGGCGGUCCUCGAAUACUGUUCACAGGAUUCAGUUUUCAGUACGUGCACCCGCGGAGACUCCAGCUGUAGUUGGAGAGGACUCG